AUGAAGGAAAUUCAAAUUCCCAGGAAAAACUUCGCGCGCUCAUCUGAAUCUGGAGCUAAGAAGUUCAAGGAAUCUGACCUGAAGAAUCGAAAGUGUGCGGAGAAGAGACAGAGCGCGACAUUUUCCGAGUUAUCGGUGGAAAGCACGAAGGAUCCAAUGGAUUUUACUCCGAUCUCUCAGAUUUCUGGUGCGAUCUCUGAUUCCGACGCCGAGAGUUUUAUGCAAGGAUCGAGUCUAGACCAGUCAUCAACGGCAGAGAUUUGCCUUCUCACUGAUGAUUCUCCAGUUUCAACCAUUACUAAUAAUGAUUUUCACAUUGACGCUUCUUCUACUGAUCGGAUCCAGUCGAUUGUGGAUUUGCCUGCAUCCGUGGAGUCAUUGCGCUUGGAGAUCAAUAAGCUGAAGAAACUGAUGUAUUCAGUUGACACUUCUGAAGAAAGUAACUGGAUCGAUGGAAUUGUUACUGCGAAAUUCCGCAUUGUGCUUUUGAGUUUCAUCCUUUGGGCUAUCUUAGCUGCGAUUGUGGUCUUCUUUAACUCAGGAGAGGAAGUUGCUUACUAUGGGCCAGUUCCAACUUGA